AUGACAAUGAGCGCAGCUCCGCAGCAUCUCAAAGUCCUCCUGACAGGUGGUGCCAGGGGUAUCGGGCGCGGGCUGUUCAGACAGCUGCUGACUUCUGGACACGAUGUGGUCAUUCUGGAUUCCAAUAAAGAGGAGCUGGAGCAUGUCCGGACGCGAGCUGAAGAAUGGGCAAACGGGCGAAAGCAAAGCUGGUCUGCGCUUGAGUGUGACCUCAGCAAGCGAACCGAGUUGAAGACCGCUGUCGAGGACGUCAAACGGAAAUUUGAUGGCAAGCUCGACGUUUUGAUCAACAAUGCUUUCCCGACAGACCUAUCAAUAUCGGAGGAUCGUAGCAUGGAAGCCGAAGGAGAAGACAUAGAGAAAGAGUGGGAUUUGAAGGUUGCAAUCGGUCUCACUGCACCGUUCAUCCUCAGCCGGCUAUGCGUUCCGCUUCUCGCUGCUGGGAAUUCUACUCCAAGCUCACCUGGUACAAUCAUCAACAUGUCAUCAACGCGCGCAUACCAAUCAGAAAAUGACCACGAAGCAUACUCAUCUGUCAAGGCCGGACUGUUGGGGUUGACCCAGUCGAUGUCAGUAUCGCUAGGCCAUCGUCACAAGAUCAGGGUCAACGCGAUCAUCCCUGGAUGGAUUCACGUCGCCAACGAAAGUAAAGCUGGAGAUGAAGGUCAAACCAAGUGGGAAGAGGGUCUUUCAAAGGCCGACGUCGACUGGCAUCCUGCUGGCAGAGUAGGUAAAGUGGAGGAUAUUGCGAAGGCGGUGGAGUACCUCAUUGGCAACGAUUUUGUCACGGGCCAGGAGGUGGUUGUAGACGGCGGUGUCGGAAGAAAGAUGGUUUACCCUGAGUAG